AUGGAUCCGGCAGCCUACAAGUCUAUGACGGAAGCAAUGAAACGCGUGUUCCCCCAAUCGGCAAUCGGAAGACAGGAAAAUGAACCGUCCGGACAACCGAAGCCGGUAGACACAAAUUGGACCGUCUCCAGGCCAGACGUAACAAGAGGGAAUCUUACCAUGGAGACAGCUCCGGGUGACCCAAGGAUGGCUGUAGGAUGGAGAGCAGAUUCCCGCUCGGCCCCAAGACAGUUGGAGGAGAUGCCGUGGAUGUCUACCACCCAGCAGCAACCGUUUUUAUGGUCCGGCGAGCCCAUUGAGAAGAGUGCUGAGGCUACAACCGAGUCUUCGAGUACUCCGGCUUCAACUUACCCGCAUCCGGACUUAUCUCUUCCUCAUCCAAGCCUAAGGCUCGAUUUUCGUAUGUCUGUCACACUGAAUCCUCGGAUCUCCGUUGGGCCUACCCCUCUCGGACACCGUAAUUGGAUUUCGUUCACCGGUGGUACAUGGUUCGGGUCCUGGGGAUCUGGUAUCGUCCUGCCUGGCGGCCAAGAUAGCCAAAUCAUAAUUCCCAAUGGCUCGUCAUGUGUGGAGACCACGUAUCUUCUUCAAACACAUGACAACCCACCUGCUCACAUUAUGAUCAAGACCCGUGGCUGGCGGACUGGCCCUCCGGAUGUUUUGGCACAGCUCAAUGAUCCGCGCGUAGCGGAUAAGGUCAAUCCAAAUAGCUAUAAAUUUCGCCUGUUCAUUGAUAUGGAGACCGGGGAUGAGAGAUAUCGAGAUCAGGUUAAUUGUGGGAUGUGGGUAGGGAGUGGGAUGAGAAAUGGUACUGAGUUAAUUUAUGAGUAA